AUGCGAGCAGUUCUACUGUGGACUAUUAGUGAUUUUCCUGCAUAUGGGAUGUUGUCGGGCUGGACGACGCAUGGGAGGCUAUCUUGUCCAUAUUGUAUGGGAAGCACAGACGCAUUUCAGUUGAAGAAUGGUAGGAAGACGUCCUGGUUUGAUUGUCAUCGGAGAUUUCUUCCCAUUAACCAUCCGUACCGAAGGAACAAGAAACACUUUCGGUCAAAAAGGAUAGUAAGGGACACCGCUCCACCAUAUUUAUCUGGAGAGGAAAUCGAGAAGGAUAUUGAUUACUAUGGUGGACAAAGCACAGUUGUCAAAGGCGGUAAUUGGCAUAAUCCUCCGAAUAUGCCUAAUGGUUACGGGACUCAGCAUAAUUGGCACAAGAAGAGUAUAUUUUGGGAACUUCCAUAUUGGAAAGAUCUGCUGCUGCGCCACAAUCUGGACGUGAUGCAUAUAGAGAAGAACUUCUUUGACAACAUCAUGAAUACGUUGUUGAACGUCCCUGGGAAGACAAAAGAUAACAAGAACUCAAGGUUGGAUUUACCUGCAUUAUGUUCUCGGAUUGAACUGCAUAUUAUGAACGAUGGGAGAAUUCCAGUUCCCAUUUUCAGAUUGUCAGCACAAGCAAAAGCUGCGUUGUUCAAGUGGGUGGCGUCAGAUGUGAAGUUUUCUGAUGGAUAUGUUUCAAAUCUAUCAAGAUGUGUUGAUCAUCAGGGACAAAAGUUUUCAGGAAUGAAGAGUCAUGACUGUCAUGUUUUUAUGCAACGACUUCUGCCAUUUGCACUUGCGGAGUUGGUUCCAAAAGAGGUUCACGAAGCACUUGCAGGCAUCAGAGCUUUUUUCAGAGAUCUUAGUGCACGCACCUUAACUGUAGACGUCAUCACACAACUUGAUGUGAAUAUCCGGAUCUUGAUGUGUAAUUUGGAGAAAAUUUUUCCUCCGUCCUUUUUUGACGUCAUGGAACAUCUGGUUAUCCACCUUCCGUAUGAGGCAAUGCUACGUGGACCUGUUCAUAAUGGAUGGAUGUAUCCUUACGAACGAGCUAUGAAAUAUUUGAAAGGCAAAGCAAAAAAAUCUGGCAAGGGUGGAAGAUAUGAUGAUGGUGGUGUUAUGCUGACAUAUAUUGUUGAAGAUGUUCCAGACAUAUUUACUCAGAUUGGACGGCUUGGUGGAAAACUAAAAGAAGUUUGGUGGUCAAGUUCUGAAGACGCACAUAGUGCCCACACAUAUAUACUUCUUAACUGCGAGGAGAUUGAAUCAUUUGAAAGUGAUUUUGUUGCCCAAGUCGAAGAAGCUAUACCAGGAAUAUCAACUCCUGAUCUCAACAAAAGGAAAGACCAACACUUUGUGAAAUGGUUAAAAACGCAGGUUGAUUAUGAUGAUCAAUUUUAUCCUCAAUGGUUUCACGAAUUGAUACAAGGUCCGGUCGGUAAGGUCACCAUUGCAUCUAUGUAUUUCACAAGAGGAUACACUUUUCACACUUACGAAUAUGGAAGUCGACGAGCAACAAUGAACUAUGGAGUAUGUGUGAAAGGUGAAACAGAUUUCUAUGGAAUCUUAAAAGAGAUCAUCGAAGUGGAGUUCCCCGGUGUAGUGAAGCUGAAAUGCGUGCUCUUCAAAUGUGAUUGGUUUGACCCCACAGUCAAUAGAGGUGUUCGAUAUAGCAAGUUUGGUGUUGUUGAUAUAAAUGCUUCACGGAGGUACAACAAAUUUGAACCCUACAUAUUGGCUUCUCAAGCAGAUCAGGUUUGUUUUGUUCCAUACCCGAAGAUCAGACAAUCUGGAAUAUCUUGGUUAGCCGCUAUAAAAGUUACACCUCGGGGCAGAGUUGUGAAUGAUGACCCACCGCCAUUACAAGAAGAUGCAGUAAAUGAAGUUGAAGUACCCGAACAAGUAGAAGAUGAUAUCUUACUUAUUGAUCCGCAUAAUCCGGGAUACGAAGAACUUCCAGACGAUGCAACGAAUGAAGCAAAUGAAGAUGAAUUUGAAGAAAAUGAUGAAGCGGAUGAUGUUUCUGAUGACGAGUGUCAAGUUCCAUUAUGUUAG